AUGUCGCAAUCAGCCAUCGUAUCCACCGACCUGCCCCUCAAACUCAUCGCAAAGGGCAAGGUCCGCGACGUCUACGAUGCAGGCCUCACCGAGGGUCCUCAUGCGGGUGCCAUCCUCUUUGUCGCUACCGACAGGAUAUCCGCCUUCGACAUCAUCUUGCAGAACGGCAUCCCCAACAAGGGCAAGCUCCUUCACGCCCUUUCGACCUUCUGGUUCGGUCUCCUGACGCCUUCCCUUAUCGAGUCGCACAUCAUUGCUACCGACUACGCCGACUUUCCUGCGGAGCUCAAGCAGACUCUCGACAGCGUCAAGCACCAGGUCGAGGGCCGCUCGAUGCUGGUCAAGCGCGCAAAGGUGUUGCCCAUCGAAGCCAUCGUCCGCGGAUACAUCACCGGCAGCGGCUGGGCAGAGUACAAGCGAACUGGCACCGUCCACGGCAUUCAACUCCCUGAAGGUCUUCAAGAAUCGCAAGAGCUCCCCACCGGCCCGCUCUUCACCCCGAGCACAAAAGCAGAGCAGGGCGAGCACGACGAGAACAUCCACCCCGACAAAGUGGACGGCAUCAUCGGUGCUGAUCUCGCGAAACGCAUGUCGACCGCUGCUGUCGCACUCUACUCCAAAGCUGCGGCGCACGCCAAGUCGCGCGGCAUCAUCUUGGCAGACACCAAGUUCGAAUUCGGCAUCGUCGGCGACGACCACAUGAUUCUGGUGGACGAAGUGCUCACACCGGACAGCUCGCGUUUCUGGUCCGCGGAAAAGUACGCCGUCGGUCGUGGGCAGGACAGCUUCGACAAGCAAUACGUGCGGGACUGGUUGAAGGCGAACGGGCUGGACAAGGCCGCGGAUCAGGGCGUGCCUGUGACACUGCCCGACGACGUGGUCAAGAGGACCGAGGAAAAGUACAGGGAGGCAUACGAACUCAUCACUGGCAAGAAGUACGGCCAGUAA